UAUUCUUUUUCUGUCACUUUUCGCGUAAUAAAUGAAUACCUUAAAUAAAUAUAAUUAAAUAUUUAAAAAUGUAGUAAACAAAUAUCAAAUAAUUUUAUAAUAAGUAUAUUAUAUCCUUUCUAUUUAUAAAGGCACAAUUGAAACUAAUACACAAGAUGUAAUCCGGCGGAUAUGUCGAGUAAAAAUUUGAUUAAACACAAUGAUUUCUAUGUCAAUUGCGCUUUAUAAAUACGGGUCAAAGUGCAUUUGCAUUGAACUGUGCCGACGCCGACGAUGGUGGUGGAUCAAUCAGAACUUGGUGUACGGGCUGGGGCAUAUUUACAAUGAUCUCUGUGCGGCAAUGUGGUUCUCUUAUAUGAUGCUGUUUUUCCAAGCUGUCCUCGAAAUGAGGGCUGUAGUUGCCGGAGCCAUGCUUCUUUUAGGACAAGUAAUAGACGCGCUUGCUACCCCAGCAGUAGGAAUGCUGGCUGACAAAUACGGGACUAAAAAGAAUUGGCAUUUAACUGGUUCCAUAAUAGUAACGUGUACAUUUCCACUAUUAUUCGUAAGAUGUUGGGGUUGCUCUGCCACUGAAACUAGUGCGAAUGUUGCAUGGUGGAUGCCAUCCUACUACGCGUCACUCAUUAUCUUUUUCCAAAUUGGAUGGGCAAUAGUGCAAAUUUCACACCUGGCUAUGAUACCAGAUAUAACAGACGAUCUUCAAAUCCGUUCUGAUUUAACAUCUAUAAGAUAUAUGGCUUCAGUUACAUCGAGCUUGAUGGUGUACCUUAUUACGUGGGUGGUACUACGAGCGACUAAUUAUAGCACCUUUAUUGGACCAACAGAUGACUAUAAAUUCAGGGAUGUAUCCUUAAUAAUAUCUGGAAUUGGAAUAGCGUCGUUUUGUCUAUUUCAUAUGUUAUUCAAAAUGAGAACUUCGAGAGAUUUAAAAUCAAACGGGCAUACUGUAAAUAAUGGAACAUCUUCACUCAAAAUCGAGAAUAGUGAGUCAGUGAGACUCGUUACUAAAUCGAGAAUAAUACAUUUCCUACAGAUGCCUCUUUUGUAUCAAACUAGUCUGCUAUAUGUUUUCUCUCGAUUAUAUUGGGCCCUGAGCUUAGUAUAUGUACCAUUAUUUUUGGAAGAACGCCUUUCUGUCAACCCUAGUGCAGGAUCUGAACUGGUCGCAAGUGUACCUCUCGUACUUUAUAUAUCUUCAUUCUUUUUCACACUCCUACUGAAAAGCAAAAUAAAUAAUUGUGGAAACUAUAUGGCGUAUCUUAUUGGUAGCUUCUUGAGUUUGAUUAGUUGUCUGUGGAUAGCGCUAGCUAUUGAUCCAGACGCAAGUAUCGUUCAAAUAUAUUUAGUCGCUACGCUUAUUGGUGCUGGCAGCUCGAUUACUCUAGUUUCAAGUCUUUGCAUAACAGCAGAUUUAAUAGGCCCGCAUUCACAUCAAGGCGCAGCAAUCUACUCUAUUGUAACAUUUGCUGACAAACUCGUUACAGGAAUAGCAGUUGUGGCUAUAGAGAAUUACAAAUGUGAUGAAGUAGCAGCUUGCCCGCAGUACUACAGAGGUGUGCUGACAUUUGCUUGUGGUGGCAGUGCAGUUUUAGGCAUUAUAUCAUUGUCUUUUACAAGAUUAACAUUUUCAUGUAAACCUACAAUAUAAUAUUGACUCUGUAUUA